AUGUCGGGACUGCUUUCAUAUAUCCCGGGCGCCAGCUUGGUCAUGGGCAGUAGGUCGAAGACGGGAGCCAUUGAUGUGCCGCCGGUUGAAGUCCAUCAUAUUGAGACAGACGCUGAUAAGCGGGCUCGAUGCCUCAAGCACCUAUUGAAGGCAAACCACGUAAACUACGCCAUACUGUGGAACAAUCUCCAAUUCGAUAACCACAACCCCCAUUUACUCAGCUCGACGUAUCUACUUGGCGGGAAUGAAAACCAUCUCAAUGAGGCCUACAAUAACGAGAUUAAAGACCUGGUUCCGUGGGAGCCGUCGCCUUCCGAAGUGAUUGACGAGGAUUGGAGGGACUUUCUCGGAGACAAGCGCUACCAAAGGGCCUUUGUUGAUUACUUCGAGGAUAAACUCGUCAUGGAAUAUGCGUAUGAUUGGAAGACGGAAGUGCAGCAUUUCCUGUUCAGUGGCAAAAAGCCGCUGUUUCAUGCUUUGCUAGACGGGCUUGGCCACCCAAUUAUCCAUCUUGGUUAUGCAUAUGAGAUGGAUAGCAAAGAAAUUGCGAUGGAGGCGCUUGCAAUGGCCGCCGUCAAGUAUGAUUUUCUUCACGAUUAUCUUGAUGACAGUUCCUAUACCAGGCCGUCUCCGCUGAAAUCAAGAGCGCCCUUGGACCUGUUAAUCCAGCUCUCCAAGGACGAUAGAUUCAGCAAGAAGGAAGUUCAAGUCGGUGAUAUGCAAAAGUACUUGAAAGAUCAUGAGUCGGCUUUCCUGGAAUAUUGGAAUGGAUGGGAUAUUGAUGAUGAUCCGAAGAAACAAUUUGAGCUGUCACAAGAAGCAGCUGUCGCAUUGCUUGUGGCCACCGUUCAGCCAGGAACCCACGCCUACAACUUCUUCAUCGUCCAUCUCCUAACUACCAGCCAUGCCGUCCGGGUUCUUCUUACUUUUAUCCCACCCCAGCAUCAUGUUACUCUAGUUAGGGCAUGGUGGCUGUUUGUCUUGGCUGUAUUCAGUAUCAAGGGCCGACCGUUACCCGAUUACGACAAUAUUGAGACCGACUUGAAAGGAAAGAAUUGGAAAUAUGUGGAAGAUAAAGGGCUGAACUCACCGUGGUCCAAAGACGCCCACUACGUUAAAGCGGUACGAGCGAUAAGAGACGCUGCUCGAACAUGGGGCGAUGUUCACGACCGCUAUCUUCAAGCCGCAGUAACUUUUGUCGACAACUUUCAUGGAUGGGUUUUUUAG